AGAAAUACACUGAAAAAUUGAAAGCCAAUGGGGCAUUUGAGGACUACAAAAAGAAAAGGGCUCAGCUUGAAAAAUCUAGACGGAUGCGUCAAAAAGAAGCCAUGGAACUACUAAGUGAUGCUAAGCGAAAACUUCUGAUUGAAGAAAAGCGGAUAGAGAACAGAAAGCGAGUUCGAAAGUGUCGCGAGGCUAAAAAAGAUGGAAAGUCAUCCGAAUACAUCGCUGGCAGCCACAAGUCGGAUGACAAUCAACGAAUUCAGUUCGACAAUUCGUAUAAUUUUCCACAUUCAUACCGCACCAAGAGCGCGAUUACAAAAGCUUAUUCAAAAACGAAUAAGUCACUGCCAUUGUCACCGACGAAACGUAAGCUGAUGGUGGCAAAAUUGCAUUCAUUUAAAGACAACAAGGACCGACAAGAUUUGUUUGGGUGUACUGUAUCGACUGGGAAGAAAAGUGCACAUGGCUUGGAUGCUACGUUGGUCGAUUUAAUUGAACGAUUUUAUCAACGUGACGAUGUUAGUAGAAUAUCUCCAAAUGUCAAGGACGCGAAAUAUUUUCGAAACCCCGUAACCGGACAGAAGGAGUUAAAACAACUUCGUCAUUUAAUAUUCAAACUUUCGGAUGCCUACACAAAAUUUGUUAAGGAAUAUCACCGAGAGCACAAAUCCGACCCGUCCGUCAAAAUUUCGAAGUUCUGUGAUUUACGCCCACAACACGUCUUGUUAAUGGGUGAAACACCGCGCACCUCUUGUCUUUGCAUCUAUCAUGCCAAUUUCAGUCAGUGCUGCACUGCGCUAAACAAGUACAUCCCAGAACUACCGAAGAAUUACACUGAAAUGAUCAAGUUGCUGGUAUGUGAAAACGACACGAAAGAUUGUCACUUCAAAAAAUGCAAGAAAUGCUCGCACAAUGUAAUUGAACGGAAAUUGAAGCAUAUUUCGAAUUACUCAACGAACAAAACCAUGCCGGUAAAAUACAUGCAAUGGCUCAAAGAUAAAACAGCGAAUCGAUUCGAAAAUCAAGAACAAACGGGUACAAUCCAGCAGUUAGUGAAUCAUCUGCUUGACAUUUAUGUCCAGUUUUUAAAGCACGCAUUUAUUAUGCAUGAACAAGCUGAAAAUUUCAAUUCAGACACAAAACUAGUGGAUUCGUCGGAUCAUUUUGAUGAAGCUUUACUGCAGAUUGACUUCGCGGAAAACCAUAAAUGCGAGUCUCAGGAUGAGAUUCAACAGGCGAACUAUAAUCAAAAGCAAGUCAGCCUAUUUACGUCGGCCCUGCGUCAUCGCAAAAUUACGGUCCCGAAAGUCAUUGCAUCCGAUAAUCUCCAUCACACCAAGGAGACCAUUGUGGCAUAUCUGUACAAAUUGUUUUCUUCUUUCCCGUCUACGAUUAAAACCAUAAGAAUUUGGUCCGACGGUCCCACAUCACAAUUUAAAAGCAGAUACAUCGCGUCUGUCAUUUUACGUUUUGAAGAAUUGUUUAAGAUAAAAAUUUACUGGAAUUUCUUUGCUACUGCCCACGGCAAAGCAUGCAUUGAUGGGAUUGGGGCCUCCGUCAAGAAACAAGUUCAAGACAAAGUUUUGUCAAGACAAAAUACGGUCUUCGAUACAAAUGACUUCGUUAAUGCGUUCAAUUCCAGUAAAUCGAAGGUCAAUUUGUUCGGCAUGACACCGGAAGAAAUCGAGAAGAUAAAUAUUGAGUUAAAGUUGAAUGAUUUAUUCGUAAAUGCCCCAGCUAUUUCGGGAAUUUCGUCAUAUCACCAGUUGCAGGCCGUAAACGGCCGUAUAAAAGGUUUUGUAUCGUCAAACGAUGGGUAUCAAAAUUGAAGUCGACGAUUUCUAUAUUGCAAAUGUUCGGUUUUCUAGAUAAUUUGAAUUAGUAUGAUUUCUGUAUUGUAAAUAUUUAACUA